ACUAAAUUAAGCCGCACCACAACCUCCAGCCGUAAUAAAACAGGCUCUUAUAGCCCAGCAUCGAUCCAACGUGUGGAACUAGCACCCGCAAUCGCCACGGCAGCGCACUAAGCGCUGUGCCGCCUUUACGGCCCUCGGAGGCGCGCCUGGCCCACGAGAGAACGGAGCUGCAAUUGGCCCGCUGAGGCGCCGCCGGCGCGCUCAAUCGGGCCGCCGCGCCGCCGUCGGCGCGCUCAUAGAUGGUCCUCUCCACGCCGGUCAUCUCCUACCGCAACUCGCCCCCUCUCAGCUACGGCGCGACGCCCCGUCGAAUCAUGGACCCACCAGCCGAACCAAAAGCCGCGGUCGUCGCCGCCGCCUUGCUAGGCUACGCCAUCCUUUCGAUAGCGAUGACCUUGGCGUUUAAGGCCGCUCUCCAGGCCUUUCCGUACCCCGCGUCACUCGUGGCAGCGACCUUCGUCGUGGAAGCUGCUCUCGUGAAAUCCGCGGAAUGCGGCGCAAGAGCCGCAGCUUGCGUCUUCCCCAAGGAGGAAACAACAGAGACGAAGCGCUGUUGCGUCUUCCCCGACGAGACCGAUAGAUUACUCAUGUAUGUGGCGUGCUGCGUCGGCGCGGAAGUAGCCUUGUCCAAUGCCGGAUUACUACUCCUCUCGGUAGCCACACAUACGAUGAUCAAGGCCUGCACGCCCGUGUUUGUCUUGGGCGCCGGUCUGGCACUGAAGCUCGAGCCGUGCCGCUGGUCCUCCAUACUUAUUGUUUUAGUUAUCUGCGCGGGUACUAUUCUCUGUUCACCAGGCGUCGCGGAUCACCAUCAUCACGGGAAGGACUCGUUACUAGGCGUCUUGCUGACGGUAUCGGGUGGCGCCGUCGGUGGCCUGCGGUGGGGCCUGACACAAAAGGCCUGCCAGAAAGGUGUGCGGGUGAAGCCCACCGAGUUGGUAAGGAGGACGCUGCCGACGUCGGCCGCGUUCUUGGUCUUAGUCGCUGGUUUACUUGAUGCGCGGCGGUUGAUACGGACACCAGGUAGCGGUGACCUCGCACAAAAAGCAUUGGGUGCCGCCUUGGCGUUGGCGCUCGGCGGCUUGGGUUUGUUGACGGUCGAAGUCACAUUGGUAGCUUUGACGUCGUCGCUCACGCUGGCCGUGGCCGCGGUCGCGAAGGAAUUGGUACUAAUUGGGGUCUCGAUCGGUCUCCUGAAGAACGACGUCGCUCCCUCAGGGUACGGGGGCUUCGCGCUGACGGCGAGCGGGGUCUUGGCCUACAACGUCGAGCGCUAUAAAAGAAGGCGGCCGGCGCCGCCGCCGCAACAAAUCUACGAGCAGGUCGACCUGCGGCCGCCCUCGCUCGUGUCCGUGCCUCCAAUGGAUGACGCAGAGCUGGCGUGACAAUUCGUUUCGAGUACUAGUGUAACCUUAUCUUCCGUUUA